AUGCCACCCCGGUCGCCGACACCAGAUUGCGGGACGCUCCAGGGCCCUGACGCCUUGAUCGCUGGGGGGAGAGAAAGCACAGACAGAGAUGAGUCGUCAGGACAGUGCUCAGAAUAUCUUCCGAGUUCCAAGCCGGCGGGCCGGGUGCCACCUGCCCCUCGACCCCAAGCGCGCAAGCGAGGAAAGCCUAAGCGGUCAAUUGCCAACGAGGCCAUUGUCGAGGAAGAGACCAAGAAGCUCCCGUCGCCCAAGAAGCGCGUGUCCAGGAAGCCCCAGCCGCGUAUGCCAUCCAGCUAUUCUUUACCUUCCUCGCCCUUGGUUCCCGAAGCGACCCUUGAGAAGGUGGAGAAGGCGGAGAAGGCUCUGCCCAGGUCUACGGCACUGGAAGAGCCUCGGGGACGCAAGCGUGGGGCAAACUCCGAUCUCGCCUCGAUCUUGUUCAAAAAGGUCGUGGCUGCGAAACCCACGGAACCUCUGAGCUCCCCCGAACAAGAAAGCCCUCUACCGAAACAUGCACCCAGAGAUAGAGCUGUACGCGACGUCCUGAAUGUUUUUGAAUCCGACCCCCUCUCGUCACCACCAUCAGGCAGUGGCUUGCUCCCCAACCUCACACAGAUUAGCGACUCGCAAGAGAUCUUCGAUAUCGUCCAAUUCUCUGGGCGCCCAGAUGACACAAGCGACACGGCCCCAACAAGCCCGGUCGGCCGCCGCACCAAAGCAGAGACAUCGACCGCGGACAAGACGGGAAGCAGCCCCAAUCCUCCUUCCGAGGAUGUCAAAUUCCCAUCCAUGGCUACCAUGUCACAUGAUGAUGACAGUACCGCCGCUCCUUCCGCUCCAGCUUCUGAGGGCGACUACUAUUCUCCCGCGCCACGUGUGCUGUCAGCAACCGGCUCUGAUCCGCCGUCACAGCAACCGCCAAGUCCCGAGCCUCGCGUUGUCUUCGCCGUCACUUCGCCGCCUUAUACCUUACGCAAACCCAGUCAAGCUGCACCCAGUUUCCCGCCGGCACUCGGCCCACAUGUUGAGCCAGUCACGCAGGAAUCUCCUGUCUCAGCACAUGCUCUUCGACCUACCAUAGUUGUGCUAUCGUCUUCGUCGUCCUCACCAGACCCAUCGCCUCGCAAGGUACGGUUCCGGCCACCAGGCGCGAACACCUUCAGGUCAGCAGACGAUAAGAAAAGGCCCCCAAGCCCUAGCCUUCCCGCACGAAACUCACCUCGCCCCACACAAACUUCCAAGCGACUCUCAAGACAUGGCAUCUACACCACAAGCUCGCCGGACCCAACCAGAGCAUCACCAGGCCCGCAGACUGAUGUUCUGGAAGAAAGCCCGGCAGGCUCCGGAUCGGAUGGCCUUGAUGGCCCAUCGCAAUAUCAGCGGGAAGUGCUGCAGACCAUUUCAAGGAUCAUUGAUUCUACCAUGGAAGAUCUCAACCGCAAGGAGGCCGCCCUGGACAUGGUCACGAGCGACUUUGAGCAGUUGAUGCAAACUAUCGAUAUGCUGUGCAGGAUGCAUCAACGGGAGCAAACAGAACUCAUCUUGCACUACAAGAAAAGGUGCGACCACGUCAUCCGAGACCUUGAGAGCGCCCGCAAAGGAGUCAAGCAAUCUCUGCAAGACCCAGACUUGCUUGACUUUGAUUCGUUCGUGGCGGAGGCUGAGACUCUCAGCACGGACACCAAGCGCCUUCUUGGCAAGUUCGGUCAUUACUAGUCUGACGCCCGUGACACCCACUAGUGGAUAGCUUCAGUUUUUCUUCCGAUCGCCUGGGUCGCCGUUAUUCCCCAUUCCUGGGAGGUGGUAUCUCAUCCACACACACACACACAAUGACUUGAUGGGAAAUCUCGGGUACUUUGCUUGAUGUAGCUACCAAUUUGCAGAGAUGAUGGGGUGGCACUUGCCUGUACAUACAGCUUGAUCGUAAUUGGCUUUAAAAUUGACUUGCGAAGAAUAUCGAUGUG